AUGCAUCUGCUUGCUCAGAGUUGUCUUGUUGCAUUCCUCCUUUGUGCCCUAUCUGAGGUACAGGCAAGGCAUUUUGCACGCAAGGAUAACGAUGAAGCACGGCAGCCGACUAGGCGGGCUGUUUCAUCUGGGUUCGUAACAACAAAUGGCGCUCAAUUCGAGCUGGAUGGACAGCCGUUCUACUUCGUUGGAGCGAACGCAUACUGGCUGCCUCUGCUGAUCACUCAAGAGGAUGUAGACGCAACCUUCGCAACCAUGGCGGGCGCAGGCGUCAAGGUCGUCCGUACCUGGGGCUUCAACGCGAUCAACGCGACUGAACUUGACUACGCACUCUCAUCUGGGCUGACGUAUUACCAAGUGUGGAACAACAGCGAGUGGACGUUGAACGAGGGACCUCAGGGACUGCAACGACUGGACUAUGUCGUGCAGACUGCGGAACAGUAUGGAAUCAAGAUGAUCAUGACGUUCACGAAUAACUGGGUUGGAUAUGGAGGCAUGGAGCUGUACAUCUACCACAUUCUCGGCAACACGGCGACGCACGACCAGUUUUACACGAACCCUGUUAUCAUCGCAUCUUACCAGUCCUACGUAGAAGAGAUCGUCAGCCGCUACAAGGACUCCCCGGCCAUCUUCGCAUGGGAGCUCAUGAACGAGGCGCGCUGUGCGGGCGACAGCCUUCCUUCGGGCCCGAACUGCGUUCCUGGGUCGGAGACGCUCACGAAGUGGUAUCAGCAGCAGUCGGACUAUGUGCGGAGCUUGGACCCGUACCAUAUGAUUACAACGGGAGGGGAGGGGCAGUUCUACUGGGCGGACCCGCCGACAUACUGGUACGACGGGCAGCUCGUCAGUGACUUCAACUUCAAUGGAGAAGCUGGCGAAGAUUUCGAAGCCAGCCUCUCCUUACCCAACAUCGACUUCGGUACAUAUCACAUGUAUCCGCAAACCUGGUAUCCUGAGCUCGACUACCCUGGAUCCAACUUUUCCGUCGAGGACUGGGGUCUGGGUUGGAUCGGCGCCCAUGCCAACACGGCCUCUUACGUAGGGAAACCGUUGCUUAUUGAGGAGUUCGGUGUCACGGGGCUUGACAACAAGACCGCUAUCUAUCCUGUAUGGGUCGAUUAUGCUCUUGCUACUGGUCAUGCAAUCCAGCCUUGGCAAUUCGGCGAACUGGGCCUGACGGAGGACGGAGGCAACCGUCUCAUCAAGUACAGUGACCAGAUUUACAUGGGCGCGUCGCCGAACGAUGGCUUCACCUUUUAUAUCAACCAGACGUCGGUCUGGGACGUCUUCACUGCUGCCGCGGUGGUGCAAGAUUAUCGUUUCUGA